AUGGCUGUCAUUUCGUACCCCAGUCUUGCAAUCCUAUUGGCAUUGGCCGGCUUGGGUGGCUUUGCGACUCUGGUUAUCUAUCGCUUGUUCUUUCAUCCCCUUGCGAAGGUUCCUGGGCCGAAAGCGGCAGCCAUCUCUCGCUUUUACGAUUUCUAUUAUGACUGUAUCCAGGGAGGAAAAUUUGUAUUCAAGAUCGAAGAACUCCACAAACAAUAUGGUAUGCAACCUCACCGAAGUUCUGCUGCGGCGACCAACUAUUUUGCAGGACCCAUUGUACGGAUAGGACCGAACGAGGUCCAUAUACAUGAUCCGGACUUUUUCGACGAAUUUUACAACGUGACCAGUCGUCUGGACAAGGACCCCUGGUACUAUGCUUUUAUUGCGUCGAAAGAUGCUGGCUUUGGGACGGCCAAUGUCGACCUCCACCGUGCCAGGCGAAAAGCCAUGAGCCGGUUCUUUGCAACCUCAGCCAUCUCCAACCUAGAAUCAUCGUCGCGGGAAAAAGUGUCCAAGCUGUGCCAACGUCUGAAGAAUAUGCGUGACGAGGGAAAGCCUGUCAAUCUUUCCAAUGCCUAUCGUUGCCUUGCCGCCGACUCUGUCACCAAUUACUGCAUGCCGAAAGCCUUCAACCUGCUUGAUUCAAUUGACUUUGCCGAUGACUACAACCGCCAGGCACGUGUCAUCUCGCACAUUGCUGCGUGGCACCGUCACAUUCCCAUCAUCAUCCCUAUCUUUAUGCGGAUGCCGAGAUGGCUUGUCGCAGCGACCUCGACGGAAGGAGGCGUCAUGGCUUUUGACUUCCAGACAGAUUUGGCACGACAGGCGACCGAUGCUGUCCAUGCGGAGAAACGUAGUGACAAGUCAGUCCUUGAUGGCAUCAUCAACUCGGAUGCCAUUCCAGAGAGCGACAAGACCGUGGACAGGAUAACGCAAGAAGCCCGCACACUCGUUGGCGCUGGCAGCGAGACUACAGGAAAUACCCUGGAGACAAUUACCUUUCAUGUUCUUGCCAACCCGGACAAGCUUCGCCGCCUCAAGGAAGAGUUGGCCAGUGCGGUUGAGGCGACCAAGGGCAAAGGAGACCCCAUGAGCGACUACAGCACACUGCAGCGGCUGCCUUACCUCACUGCUGUUAUCAAUGAAGGGUUGCGAAUUGCAUGCAGCGUGUCGGGCCGACUCGCGAGAGUGAAUCCUCGACAGGCAUAUACCUACGGUUCGUAUGUGCUGCCGCCCGGGACUGUCGUCAGCAUGAACAUCCGCAGCAAUCAUACUUUUGAGAAAGUGUAUCCCGAGCCCUUGUCGUUCAAACCGGAACGUUGGCUCGUGCAGGGCGAAGAGCUGAAAAGGCUCGAGAAGUACUUUGUGCCAUUCGGGCGUGGAGGCAGGAGCUGCAUCGGCAAGGAGCUUGCCAUGAUGAAUCUUUACCUGACGAUUGCAGGUUUCUUCCAUGAGUUCGAUGCUGAACUCUUUGAGACGACGAGGAAGGAUAUUGAGAUUGAGCACGACUAUUUUUCUCCCUUCCCACCGGUCGAUUCCAAGGGUUUGCGGGUCAUGCUCAAGUAG